AUGCCUGAAAUCAAGAAGAGAAAAAAGAAAAAGAAGAAUGAGGUCAGACUGAAGGAAAAAUUUCCGUUGCUGCUGACACAGAAUGAGAAACCAAGUCUGUCUAAGCAACACAAGCAGGCCGAAAAGAGAAAUCAAACUGUGUGCAAGUCUGAUGUGCAGCUUGAUGAACAGCAGCCCAUGAAGCCAACUUUACAUGAAAGCUCAACACUGAAAGAGCGGGUCCCACAUAAGAGGAGAGUUAUGUUCAACUUGUCACCAGAAGAGAUUCUGCCUAAAUCACAACCUCUGCUUGCACUAAGAGAUGCAUUUCAAACACAGCCGUCCUCCACAGACAAACUGCCAUCAUUUAACCCUGUGGUCUCUGGAGUUGGAAGCCAGAACAAGUCAUUAGUUGAAGAAAAUGGCACAGAGUCCCAAACUACAACUGAAGAUAUCAACAGUCAAGACCUAUUUAUCACACAGAAGUCCUUCUCAGAACCCUGUGCAGACAUCUCCAGCAGCCUCAGCACUGAUGAGGCUGCUGUUCCACCAUACCAGAACAGCACGCAAUGCAGGACGUCAUCAGAAGAGAAUCCAUCCUGCAAGCAGACAGCUGAAGCUUCUACCCAAACAGAAAACUUCUUCACCUCUCCAGGGCUUGCUACGACUCUCAGGUUUCAACAGCAGAGCACAGUGUCCACAUGUGUUGGAGAACCAAUGGACCUCAGCCUACCUAACAGAUUCAGGAAAGAGGCGGACCUUCCUCAGUGGGGUGUUAAACCUGAUGAAGACCAGAAUCGUCCAGAGUUGAAGACAGCAGACAUAACAUCAAGCGACGAGAGCGACAUGCUUUCAAAGUGCAAAGCCGACCUCUCCCAACUGAAGGUGGUUCAGACACGACUCAACGAGUCCUUCUUCUUUAAGCUGAAGGGUGAGGGAGAUUCACCAAAGCCAAGGUCACCUUUGAUGGUCCUCACAGGAAGCACUGAUAUGAAGACAAAGAGCAUGGUUCCGUAGAGAAUCGAUGGUGACUCUUCACUAUCUCAUCACUUACAGAACCCUUUAUGGCACUCUUUUUUUAAAGAGUGCACUUGCAUCUAAAAUUUCAAGUUGUGUAUUGGUAUUUUAUGGAAAACGUUUCAACCAGUCAGAGUUCUUUGGACUUGUUCUUAUUGAUGUGUUCAUUUUAAGGA